GCGGGGAGGGCGUGUGAGCGAGGGAGCCACGAGGAAGGAGAGCGCGCCCGCCGCCGCCGCCGCCGCCGCCCUCCUCCGGAGACAGGCUGGAGAGAGGCUGUGUGAAGCGCCGCAUUUCAAUGAGGAGCGGCCGAGGCACGUCCCUGCACUAGCGGCCGCAGCCCAGACGCCCGCGCUCCAGCCGCCGCCGCCGCCCAGCCCCGGCCCCGCCGCCGCCCAGCCGCCCGCAGCCCGGCCGCGCCCAGCCCGGCGAGGACAGCACCAGGAGGCGCCCCGAGCGCGGCCACAAAGACCCCCGGCGGCGUCUCUUCGCGGACCGGUUCAACUUUCGUUCCAUCAUGUCCUUCGGCAGAGACAUGGAGCUGGAGCACUUUGAUGAGCGGGAUAAGGCGCAGAGAUACAGCAGAGGGUCGCGGGUGAACGGGCUGCCCAGCCCCACGCACAGCGCCCAUUGCAGCUUCUACCGAACCCGCACGCUGCAGACCCUCAGCUCGGAGAAGAAGGCCAAGAAAGUUCGCUUCUAUCGAAACGGAGAUCGAUACUUCAAAGGGAUUGUGUAUGCCAUCUCCCCAGACCGAUUCCGAUCUUUUGAGGCCCUGCUGGCUGAUUUGACCCGAACUCUGUCGGAUAACGUGAAUUUGCCCCAGGGGGUGAGAACAAUCUACACCAUCGAUGGGCUCAAGAAGAUUUCCAGCCUGGACCAGCUGCUGGAAGGAGAGAGUUAUGUCUGUGGCUCGAUAGAGCCCUUCAAGAAGCUGGAGUACACCAAGAACGUGAACCCCAACUGGUCGGUGAACGUCAAGACCACCUCGGCGUCCCGGGCCGUGUCCUCACUGGCCACCGCCAAAGGGAGCCCUUCGGAGGUGCGGGAAAAUAAAGAUUUCAUUCGGCCCAAGCUGGUCACCAUCAUCCGAAGUGGGGUGAAGCCGCGGAAGGCUGUCAGGAUUCUGCUGAACAAGAAGACGGCUCACUCCUUUGAGCAGGUGCUCACCGACAUAACCGACGCCAUCAAGCUGGACUCGGGAGUGGUGAAGCGCCUCUACACCCUGGACGGGAAGCAGGUGAUGUGCCUUCAGGACUUUUUUGGUGACGAUGACAUUUUUAUUGCAUGUGGACCGGAGAAGUUCCGUUACCAGGAUGAUUUCUUGCUAGAUGAAAGUGAAUGUCGAGUGGUGAAAUCCACUUCCUACACCAAAAUAGCUUCCUCCUCCCGCCGGAGCACCACCAAGAGCCCAGGACCUUCCCGGCGCAGCAAAUCCCCGGCAUCCACCAGCUCAGUUAAUGGGACCCCCGGUAGUCAGCUUUCAACUCCGAGAUCGGGCAAGUCUCCGAGCCCAUCACCCACCAGCCCGGGAAGCCUGCGGAAGCAGAGGGACCUGUACCGCCCCCUCUCUUCGGAUGAUUUGGAUUCAGUAGGAGACUCAGUGUAAAAGAGACAAUGGAGCCAUGUAUAUGGUUUGUGGUUGGGUGAAGGUUUCACAUUUCCUAAGCAAAAGUCUAACAGCAAAAUACACAAAAGAGUUUUGCAUACCUUGAAAUUAUGAAGCCCAAGCCAUGUAAAGGAAAUAUCCAGGCAUUUUAUAUUCAUGGUGUUAAUCCCUGAAGGAGAUGUUUGCUUCCUGUCUCCUACAUUGGUUUGACUGAGGAAGCGUGAGCACAGACAGACUCAGUCGGUGAGGUUUUUGUCCCAGGCCUGACUCUAGAUGCAUUUCAUAUCUGGGCCCAGUCUUGGGCAUCAAAACAUGCUAAUGAUGUGGCAGUCAAUAUAGAUAGAGUCAUGAUUUCUACAGAUGGGGAUUUUCAUUUUAAUCAUAAUGAGAUGUGUAGAGGCAAUUUUCCUUUGUAAUUCUGUGCGUUUUUCCUGGUCAAGCAGAUUAAAAGCCCCCACCCACCCACCCCAGCAGACAUUUUUCCAUAAAGUUACAUUCUUUCUUAAAAUUUAAAAGUCAUUUUGUCGCAAACGAAUAAAAAUAUUCAAGUAGAAUUCUUUUGCUUCCUAGACAACAUUCAGAGCUACUUGUCAUUUUAUGGGUUAAUAGAGACGAGAAACACUCCUGCUGAGGCACAGCGCAUGAAAACUCUCAUGUCAGAAACUUUCCUUGUUUGUGUCAUCAAGUAAAUUUUAUUUUUAAACUUUUAUUGAAAAGAGUAUAAGUGUAGCUUACACGAGAUGGCACAUGUGAAGAAUUUGUUCAGUGGCAUUGCUAUAAAUUAUGUAAUUCCUCCCUACAACCAUAUAUGUAAUUUUUCCAAUGUGUAAAGGCCGAAGCAAUGAAAGCUCCUUUUUUUUCAAACAGAUUUUUUUUUUUAAAUUGUAAUUGACUUCCAAAAAAUCAAUUUGAAAGCAAAAUUAUUUUAAAUGGUGCUCUGUAGGUCUGGCCUGAAAUAGCCAAAUCUCCAUGCUGAUAAAUCCUGGAUCUUGCUGAUGUUUUGGAAACGUUGAUAUGCAAAACUCCUUUUGUGUUAAACCAAGUAAAUCUAUGGUUAUAACCCAUUGUUAAACACUAACACACUAAUUCUGCUUUUGUAGUCUUCUGUUUAAAAAAUUAUAGUCAGCUUUGCUUAAAUAUAAAAAUUAUUUUUUAAAUCUGAAUGUUAAGAAUGAAUUUAACGUGUAUGGUCUAUUGUAUUUAAACCAUACCCUAGUGAUCAUUUAGUUUUCUUAGUUCAAACACUAACAAUUUAAGACUUUGUGUGGCAUGGUUUUGAUAUUUUACAGGCUUGACAUAUCUCAGUAGGUGAUAAAUUUAAAAUGUAUGGUGCCAUUGGGAGGCUUUUACUUGGGUUUUUGGUGGGUUUUUUUUUUUUUUUCAAAUUUUACUUGAAAACUGAAUUUAAAAAUGUAAUGUUUGAUUCAAGGUGGAGAGACAUGCAGUUGUCAUAUACUGUUUUAAAUGUUAGCAAUUUAUCUCCUUGAUAAAUUGUUCCACCAUCCCAUGUUACCGUCUGGUUUGUAGUUACAUACGUUACUAUCUCACUUUCCAAGUGGACAAAAUAUUCCAACCAUAAGAAGAAGAAGAAAGUCCAGGCAACCUAACAGCAUUUGAAAACUUAGCCUUGGAAUAAUUAGUGCCUCAUUAUCCUGUCUGUUGGAGAGAAAGACACUUCUCUGGCAGGUUAUAUGAGAAGUGCAAACUGAACCCUUCCAUCUUGAAAGAACCCUUCAUAAUAAUACCUGUUCCAGACUUCAGGUUUUAAAACUGUUUCCAAUAGAAAUGAACAGAGACUCCUGCUGAGAUCAAAAGGCUGCUUUGUUUUAGCUGAAACAGUAAACAUCUGUGAGGUUGCCUAUGCUGGUGUCUGUUCUAGUUAUGUCUUUGUAAAAUGCAUUACUUAAUACAGUUGAGUCCAUAAAAGAUCAGUGUAUAUUUGACUGAACUGUCAAAAAUGCAAAGAAAGCAGUGGAACAGUUAACUUAGAUCUGGUGGGGUCAGAUGGUCCAGAACAAAAAUAAAUUCCAAUAAUUUUAACUUCCCUGAACUGUCAAUCUUGGGGAUAACUCCUGCUCAGAAAGGUCCAAUAAAUGCUAUUUGUUCUGGAUAAGUGGCAGAUAUUGCCAACUGAUAUGAAGCCCAGGGCUUUGUUUAGACACAGCAAAAAGAAACUGGGCUUGUACUAAUUGCUGAUAGAUAUCAUGGCCAACUUUCCAUUCACGCGGUUCCAAGGGAAAUGCUAUUCCACAGCAUUUAAUCUUUUGAACAUAUGACUUUUAUUAAAGGACUGUUCAGGGGCAAUAUAUAUCAUUUACUUUUCGAAACUAAAAUCCCUCAGAGAUUGAAAUAGCACACCAUUUAUAGACUUUGAGAUCUCUUUCUAUGAAGAGCAUAAUUCCAUUAUACUAUAGCAGAAAUUACAAAAAAAAAAAAAAAAAAUUCUCAGCAACAAACCAGAAGUUUUCAGUGCAUUGGUGGAACCGAAUUGAUGACUUAUAGACACAUGAGAUUUACCUGCUUAUAGAAUUCUUUAAAAAAAAAAUUAGACCCUGAACUUUAAAACUCAUUCUCCUGGGCAGAAGGGAGCUCCAGCAACAGCGUGUAUUUUUGGUAAACCCUAAAUAUUCUCUGACAACAUGGUGCUCUAAGGAAAAGUUUGGUAACUUUUUUCAUUUGCACUUACUCCCCCCCCCCAAGACACCACAGAGGAAGAUAUAAUAAAUAUACCCCACCUUCAGCAUUUUAGAAAUGCAAAACCUAAUCGUAUGUCCAGUAUAAACUUUGGUGUGAACGCCAAAGCCUGGUUCUGAAAGCCACUUGGUUUGUUUCUUCUUCGUUUCGCUUAAUGGAUUAGGUGGGGGUGGGCGUGGGCCGGGAAUCCACAGUGUUUGCCUACUGCCCUGGGCAGAAGCACGAGCCCACCCAUCUCUACACGUCCCUGUGUUCUUAUGUUGGCUUACCUAAACAGUGGAAAGUCAAAUAAUAUCCUCUAAAAACAUUUCAAACCAGCGUUGAUAUACCAUACAUGUUCCCUAAGUUUAAAAACAAUGUAGACUAAAAGCUACAUUUCUUAAUCAAACAAACGAGCAUAUUGAAUAAUAUACUUGAAAAAUAAUUCCAUAUGUUUUAGCAAUUGGGCUACUAAAUUUUUCAUAUGUGACCAUAUAUCUACCCAGGUAUGGAGGUGUCUGUGUAAAUUUGCAGGGCUCGGUGUGUAGAUGGGUGUGCUUAUGUAGCUAUUUGUGUAGGUUUAUAGCCCAUAAAUAGUAAAGUAUGGUAUUUGUGACACAGCCUUGUAGGUUACUGGCUCUUGUGGAAUUGCAUGUAAAACCUUUCAUGUCGUAAAUCAUUCCGUGUGGCAUAUUAAUUGGGGCAUGGUCAAGUUCAAAAGUUGUUUGCUAAAUGGUUCCAAAUAAUAGGCGGAUUACUGAUUUAGUUUAAACAAUUUGGAAUCCAGGUAAACAAAACAAUUUGAAAUUUAGACAAAUCCAACCGUGUGUGGAAUAUAAGUGUAAAUUAAUGCUUAUAUUAUGUUUUAAUAUUCAGUUAUUUACAAUGAUUAUAUACUAUCGCUGAUGUUUCUCUAAUGUACAUGACGUGUGGUGAUGGUCAGUCAUUACUCACUAUAAAAAGGAAAUGUUGAUUUAUGUAGAGCCAUGAGUAGUAGUAUAUUGGGGAGACAUAAAUAGAAGACAAUCCAAACAAUAUUUGAUUUGAAGUAAUUGUAAUAACAAAGCCAGAUAACCUAUAAGGCAGUUUUAUGUUUUUUCAAAACACUAUUCUAAACUGUUGAUGUGUUUUCAGUAGUAACUUUUCUAUACUCGCUGUAGGUGUGUAUAUAUCUAUAUAAAUAUAUACGCACUGGAAAAUGUUAAUUGAGUGAAUAUUCUAUAUAUGCAUACAUUUGCCUAUUUAUGCAUAUUUGCCUUAGCCUUGCUAGCAUCUCUCAUAGUGCAUGUCAGUGACAGCUGUAGCCCGCAGAAAUAUAGUGUGCAAAUUAGAGCUCUACUGGCUUCACUAUACCAGUUGCUGAUGCAGUUUGUUAUACUGCCAGUUGAAAAAUAUUUGUAAUUUUGUGCCUGUAACGCAUGUGGAAAGGAUAGGAAAUCUGAGGGCCUAGCUAUGCUCUUUCAGGGUGCAUGAUAUAUAUAGUGUCUUUAAAAUGUGGUUCAUUUUCAUAAAGAUGAUGGGUAAAUUCCAAGAUAGUAAAAAUGAUGCAUGUAAUACAUGGGCGUUUGUACUCUGUGUGGCCACAGAGUGUUUCUGAAGCCAGGGUAGUAGGUGUCUGGAAGGUCAAAGGCAAAGAACUACGGAAGUUAAUUCUCCUGUGAUGUGUGUUCUUGAGUUUAUAUUCAUCAGCAAGCAAGGAAUUGAGUUUAUUUGUUCUAAAGACAUUUUGCUUUGAAAUACGCAAUGAGUGUUGUAAAUUUGGAUAACAUUUUUAUAAAGAGGUUGACAUAUUUCCUGCUUCCAAUUUGAGUUGCUUGGAUGUGUAUUCUCUUAAAAAGAACAUUUGGUGUUAAAAUGUUGUAACAGCGACAUGUUUUAAAAAUCCAUCCGUUGAGGCCACCAGCAGAGCUUCAUGGAGCUGAAUGAGGAAAUGUUCAUUGACUUACCCAAUUUUGAAAGUUCCAUCACUUUAUGCUGUGGUUUCAUUGUAAAACAUUGUGCCUUGUGUUGCAUACUGGACCCUGUUGUUCCUCUCACAGUUAAUUUUGUGACACUUAUCACCUUAGGAUAACUUCCUAAUAAACAGGAAAAACCACCUAUGUUGUUCAGUGAGUUUCUUUCAGAAAAUUUGAUAAGUAGAUUUUGAAAUUGCAAUGACCGUGUGGGAUAAGGGUUGCCUUCAUAAUCAUAUUUAUAAUGUUCUUGUGAUGUAAUUGGCAUGAGCAGGUAAUACUUGAGAUACUGCAGAAUAACAUGCGAAGACUGUGAUACUGAUAACAGUGCAAGACUCUCUGAUGAACUCCUACUUGGUUAUAUUAAAAUCGUAGAUACGCUUUCAGUGUUGGCUCACAGGUGAAUUGAGUCAAACGAAUUGGCAACUGGUUGAAAAAAAGAAAUUUUAAACAUACUAACAUUCUCCUAGGUAUGAAGACCCUUUUCCCAAGGUCAUCUAAUUUGCAACGGGGAAAUGUGCAUGGUUUAUAGGUACAUGGGUGUGUUUGAACGUUAUUUUAAAAGCACGGAGCAAAUAAAUAUAUAAAAUAAGUAUAUAAUAAAAAUAACUAAUAAAAUACUUGAUACCCAACGUUCAUAUAGAACAAAUCCAUAAUCUGUUUUAUUCAUAAUAUGGUAUAAAGGAGAAUAGAAAAUUCUACUGCCCUAGUUAGAAAACAGAUUUUUUUUAUAUAUGUAUAUUUACAGUAUUAUAGAAGUCUAAAAUUCUGUCUUGUUUUGUUUUAGGGCCGUACCUGCGGCAUAUGGAGGUUCCCAGGCGAGGGGAUGAAUCGGAGCUACAGCUAUCGGCCCACACCACAGCCACAGCAACGCCAGAUCCAAGCCGCAUCUGCAACCUACACCACAGCUCACAGCAACACCGGGUCCUUAACCCACUGAAUGAGGCCAGAGAUUGAACUCAUGUCCUCAUGGAUACUAUUUGGGUUCGUUACCACUGUGCCUCCAGGGGAACUCCCUAAAAUUCUGGUUUUAAAUCUAACAUUUUUACUGGGUUUAUUUUAACUUUAAAAUUACAGUUUGCUUUAAUUGAUUCUCUUUAUUAUUUCCAUGAUAACCUAAGCGUAACAGUGUUCAAAGCACUAAUGGUGCAACUGGAAGGAAUGUUUACAAAUUUAUAAAAUUCCAAGUUAUGCUUCUACUUUUUUUAUUUUUUUACAUAAUAUAAGAGAGUUUAAAAUAAAAUAGAGGCGUUCCCGUCGUGGCGCAGUGGUUAACGAAUCCGACUAGGAACCAUGAGGUUGUGGGUUCGGUCCCUGCCUUGCUCAGUGGGUUAAGGAUCUGGCGUUGCCAUGAGCUGUGGUGUAGGCUGCAGACGCAGCUCGGAUCCCGCGUUGCUGUGGCUCUGGCGUAGGCCGGUGGCUGCAGCUCCGAUUCAACCCCUAGCCUGGGAACCUCCAUAUGCUGUGGGAGCGGCCCAAAAAAUAGCAAAAAGACAAAAAAAUUAAAAUAAAACGGAGUGGGUGCCUAAAAGAGAAGUGAGCUCCCUUUAUCACAGCCUGAGCACCUGAAUUGGGGAGUAAGUCUUGGCGGGAGCUAUUUUAUUGAGAGCAGAUGAACUAGAUGCCUUCCUGGUCCCCUUCCCAGUGAUGCUUUCAUGAAGUGUACUCCUAAGAGGAGACUCGAUAACAAACGGUUCGACUCUGAACCCAUGGACGCUGGCCCUAAGUCACUCUGGUGACUGGGGGUGGAGGCAAAGCAGACGGCCUGGUACAACAAAGUCACAUCAAACACAUUCAUUUUUGAAAUCUUGGCUCCCGGGGCUUCCCAAGCGUAGAUUUAAUGCCAAUAUUCCCAUUGUCAUUUUUCCUUCCUCUAAGUAAACCCAUUUCAUGAAUAAAAGUUCUACAGUCUUUAUAAAAAACUCUGGCCCAGUCUUUAUGAUAACGUUUCCAGUGUUUCAGUGCUCAUUCUGAGCUCUUAUGCACAUGAUUGCCUCGGCCAGAAACUUGAGGUUAAACAUACUGUGGAGAAUGCAGACAAAGGGAUUUGGAAAAAGAGGAGUUCUCUUUGCGCCUUGUUGCAAAUAAUAGAGCCGUAUCCGUUAUUGCCGAUUGAUGUCAUCAACUUACUGUUCUGUACCCGCUCGGAAAGUAAAUACACACAUGGUUUUUCUCUGUACACCUCGAGAUCCUUGGAUGUCAGGCGCUUCAAAGCAAGCUUGUGAUUGAGUUUUGUUACAUGCAGUCAUCUUCGGAGAUUCUGAAGACCUCAAGUCAGGAUCACCAGGGUCUUUUCGAGUUUGUUAACUCUGUGUGAGUGCCUUUCCUUUAGAAGAUUGAUCCGGUUGAUUUCUAAAGUCUUGCGUGGCUACCUUCCAAACAAAAAUUAAGCAAGUAGUAACCGUAUGCCCAGACAGAACGUGGAGGGCAACUAAUACACGUAUCCAGACAAAGCUGUACUUAGCUGGUGAGGUUUUUCUGCCUUGAUUACAUCCAUUGGAUCAACUGGAUGUUCCUAUGCUCUUUAUUUGGUGUGGGCCCCAGCUGAGUGACACCAUUAAUACAGCUGGCAGGAGUAACUCGUACCAUUUAUUUUUGAAAUGAACUGUUUUUUACUACAUAGUCAUCAGCUCCAUCUUGGUAAAAUGUGGUUAGAGCUGUUAUGUCAGCUUUCUCACUUACUUCAAAAAGUGUGAUAUGUUCUCCAUCUGUUACAUGAUCCCAAGCUAAAUAGCGGCACUUAGGAUGUGUUCUUACUUAGGGCAGUGCUUUUAUGAAGGUGUGCCAUAAAAGCAUCCAGGUGCCAGCAGCCUGUCCACCUGGUCCCCAUUAAAUCUGCUUAGAGGUGAUGACAUUUCAAAUGUCACAGUAUCUCUUAGAGCAGCUAAUUGCAUUACAUUCUAAAAUAACUGUGUUUUGUACUGUACACCGGUCUGCCUGGGAAUUAGCAGACUGACUGAGGCCAACACAGAGUCUUAUCAUUGCGUGUAUUAUAAAAGGGAUUAUCUUCUCAGAAAAAACAAAUACAUUGAUUUGGUUUGUAAUCAUGCAAAAAUAUAAAUGGUCAUUUUUUUUUUCCAGCUUUCUAGGCCAUUUGACCACAUAGCUAGGAUUUUUGUAGUGGGUUUGGUCUCCCAGUGGAAGAAGGAUAGAGGAGAUAAUGUUUAGGGUCCAUUUCAGUCCCUGAAAUACUUUGAAUCCAUGAAUGGUCAUUGUCUUAGGAAAGUAUGUAACGUUAACUCUCUCCUCUGAGGAAAAGAGGAGAGGACACCGUUAGAAAUUUAGUAUGUUUAUUUUACUUUAUUUGAGCAUAAUAAAUAAAAUGACACUUUCCAUUUUUAGUGUACCCUAUUUGUAAUUCAGUGUUUUUCUUUUAGAAUUGCUGGUUAUCUUUGGACAGCGUGAUGUUUGAAAUUGACUACAUUUUCAAACCUAAAGUCAAAGAUAGGCAGUUUUGGGGGUUCCCGUCGUGGCUCAGUGGUUAACGAAUCUGACUAGGAACCAUGAGGUUAUGGGUUCGAUCCCUGGCCUUGCUCAGUGGGUUAAGGACCUGGCGUUGCCCUGAGCUGUGGUGUAGGUUGUAGACGCAGCUCGGAUCCCAUGUUGCUGUGGCUCUGGUGCAGGCCGGCAGCUAUAGCUCCGAUUCGACCCCUGGCCUGGGAACCUCCAUAUGCCGCGGGAGCGGCCCUAGAAAAGACCAAAAAAAAAAAAAUGUACGCAAUUUUAAACAUAAGUAGGCUUGUGUUAACCGCCCCCCCCGCGCGCCUUUUUUUUAACCAGAGCCUAAAAACCUGAAGGAUUUUUUUUUCCAUAAGGCAGAGAAAACACAGCUGGCACUGUGGCAAGCAGCAUUCAGGGCAUCAGCUAUUUGGUGGCACUACUGAAAAUGCACUUCAUUCGUUGAUAAGACACUUUAGUGAAUAAUAUGCAGCACAUUUAUAAAACAUUACAUCGAAAUGAUGUUUUCACAUCGUGUGGGUCAAAGUUCUGUGUUUUGUAUCUGACAUUCUUAUGAAAACAGCACGAUCGUGGAAGUACUUCAAUAGGUUCUGGACAUUUUGCUGGUGUCUGCCAUGCUAUUGGCCCUUUAGUUGGCGUGUUUGAUUCUGAUUCUAAAAGCUAAGCCACCCUGUAGCACGACAGCACCCGCCGUCCCACAGCGUGAGGUGUCUGCAUCCCUCAGCGCCAUUCGCGAUGCUGCUGGAAGAAAUGCAAGGACCGGAACGCACAGAAGAGAAGGUCUACCCGCGAGACGUCUCCUUGCUGCUUUUCCGCUUGGAAUAACCUUACGUCGACGGUGGAAGCGAUGACACAGGGGCGGGAAGAGCUCCCUGUUCUGGAAAACACACACCUUCCUUUCACACACAGCAGUGUUAACGUUUCUUUUCUCCAGACAGCAACAUCGCAAACCGGCCUCGUCUCAGCCCCGUCCGCCAAUGUCAUAAAUACAAGGUUUUCACAAACACACACCUGUAAAAGUCAGCCCAGCCCACUCAGAGGCUCUUUUAUUUACAGUACCUUCGACAGAGUUGGUUAUGACUGUGUCAAGGUCGAGGUGUGCAUCCCACUUUCUGGCCUGAGAUAGGACAGCGUGAGCUGCUGGGCUGAGGGAGGCUGAGCGAGAGAGGGUGGGCACAGCUCAAGGCCCAGGCUGACCCAUGGGGGUUCUUAGAGCCUGGAAAAAGGGCUCCCUGCACAAACCAGGUGGCCUUUGGGGCUGUGGUGUACUAGAGUAACCACCAGACUUCUAGAAUGUCCUAGGAGGAAGCAGAUGCAUCACUGCCAUGAAUUUGCCUCUACCUUCCUAUGUCACCUGUCCGCUUUGAUGAACCUGUCCCAUGGCACAUGCUUAUCUUAGCAUGUCCAGGAGAACGUCCUGGGGUAGUGGAUUUGAAUGGCCUGCGGUGACUUCGGCAGUCCUUGCCUAACUCUUUUCAUCCUGUGGGUGAAAACUACAGUCUUUGAAUUGCCUCUCAAAGUAGCGCUGGGCACAAUGAGAGUAUGUAAAGUUCUCUUCCUUCACCCUUUGGGCACAGUUCAGGCUGGAUGGCGUGGGGAGGGGGCUGAAGGGAGACAGGUAAGCGGAGGAAAAACAGGUCAGCCCUGCUGCCAACCCCCUCUCGAUUAUGAAUUCCUCUACAGACGCUCUCUCCCCUUCUCUCUGCUCCACAGACAGCCGGCACCAUGAGCCCUGCCGCCCCCUCACCGCCUCCCGGCUCCCAUCAGCCCAACCAAGUGGAUAAACCCAGGGAAACAGAAGCAGGAUCUUUUAGGACAAGCGGUGUUUGCUGUUUGGAACUAGCACCCAAAUGUGCAGACCGUUGUCUCAAGGAGUAGAUGCAGAGAUGGAAAGAUUCCUUGUGAAAGCCCUGCCUCGUAGCUGAUCACAGUCUUAAAUAUUUGGUGGUGUUUCCUCCUCUGACUUUCAUAAGAGAGUUGUUACUCUGUUUGCCUUCCUGGACCUUGGGUCCAAAGAUACCAAAAUGACAAAGGAAUCAACAAGGCGUAGGCUUUUGGGUCCUGUUGUUGCCUCAGGGGUAAAAGGAAUGAUCAGUAGAUGUUUGAUGUUGGGUAACAUUGAGCAACUCAGUUGACUUGCUCACUGCUUAUGUCUUUAUCUCAAAGUGGAAUUAACAAACCCACUCUUUAACCUUUCUCCAAGGAUGUGGCAAAGCUGAAUGUUUUUUAAAGGAUAUUCCAUUAAAAAAAUAAACUGAAGCAACCCUUUAUCCGUUGGUAAGAUUACAAAAAAAAAAAAAAA